AUGGUGAACUGCAAAGUGAGUGACCUUAAUAUUUUGUGGAAGAGUUUCUGGAAGGAGAUGUCUGAUGACAUGCUAUUGCAGCAACGCAGAGUCACUGGGAACCCACAACUUAUUCUGAAUGAGAAGCAACAAGAAUUUUUCGCUCUUGCAGAGAUCCAUAAAUUGCUUAAAUCUAUUGGGAAGUCACUGAAAGAUUUUAACCAGUUGCCUCAACCUCCCUCAAGUUAUUUGGACUUCAGUGCCAAUAAUUUAAUAAUAGAGGAAACAAGAUAUGAUCAAUCUGAAAUGGAGAAACAAUAUGAAGAGCUGAUUGCCAAUUGUAACCCAGAGCAGCUGUCUGUGUACAAAUCUGUCAUGGAGUCUGUUGAAAAAAAUGAAGGCGGAGUGUUCUUUGUUUACGGAAGCGGGGGUUGCGGGAAGACGUACUUAUGGAGGACACUGAUAAGUAAGUUAAGAUCUGAACGAAAAAUUGUUAUCCCAGUUGCUUCUUCCGGAAUUGCUGCAACACUUAUGCCUGGGGGCCGUACCGCCCAUUCAAGGUUCAAAAUACCUAUUGUCCUUGAUGAUCAUUCCAUGUGUUCAAUAUCACAUCAAUCUGAUAUUGCAGAACUAAUUAAGCGUACAAGUUUGAUCAUAUGGGACGAAGCACCAAUGCAACAUCGGUAUUCUUUUGAGUGUCUUGAUCGAUCUCUACGUGAUAUAAUGAAAGCUGUAGAUCCUAACCGCUUCCACCUCCCAUUUGGAGGAAUUACUGUUGUCCUCGGGGGUGACUUCCGACAAAUACUUCCUGUCAUUCCUAGGGGUUCAGAGGGUGAAAUUGUUUCUUCUUGCAUCACACGUUCAAAGCUCUGGAAGAUUGCUACAGUUUUCAAAUUAUAUCAGAACAUGCGUCUGAACAAAGGCACUAACGAGGAAGAGGUUCAAAAUUUAAGAGAUUUUGCCAAGUGGGUUCUGGAUGUUGGCGAUGGUAAGAUUAAGCCUCCAACUGCUGGUGACAGAGAAUAUCAUGAUGAUGACAUCAGCAUUCCAGAACACUUUUGCAACCUUGAAAAUUCAAACAGUGUUGAUGAGAUGAUUGAUAGUACAUUCCCUGAUUUUUUGAAGAAUUUCAAGGAUCCAGAAUACUUAAGUGAGCGUGCAAUAUUGACGCCAACUAACCAGAUUGUUGGACAUGUGAAUACGCUCAUAGUGGAAAAGAUUCCUGGAGAAAUGCAUUCAUAUUAUAGUGUCGAUUCUGCCGAGGAUUUUCCAGGUAGUGAAAGAGACCAGAUGCAGUCAUUUCCACCCGAGUACAUGAACUCAUUAAACGUUCCAGGUUUGCCUCUUCACGAACUGAAACUAAAAGUUGGCACUGUCGUUAUGCUUAUGCGCAACUUAAAUCAAACACUUGGUUUAUGUAAUGGAACCCGAAUGAUGGUGACCAAGUGUCUUAAACAUUGUGUGCAAUGUGAAGUCAUAUCGGGGUCUUACAAGGGAACAAAGCAUUUCAUCCCUAGGAUGGAAUUAUCUCCAUCUGAAACCCGUUUGCCCUUUCGAUUAUGUAGAAAGCAAAUGCCACUGCAAAUCUGUUAUGCAAUGACCAUCAACAAAUCACAAGGGCAGUCUCUGGAGAAAGUUGCUUUGUUCCUACCUAAACCAGUCUUCACCCAUGGCCAAUUAUAUGUAGCUAUUAGUCGCGUCACUUCUCCACAAGGUCUGAAGCUAUUCAUAAACGAUGAAGAGGGUAACACUACCAACAUCAUUGCCAAUGUUGUUUACCGGCAGAUUUUCUACAAUUUACCAGUCAUUUAG